UAAAUGAACAGACUUGGAUUAAACACGUGAUCCCGAAGGAGCUGAAUAUUAAAAAGUAGCAUCUAAUCUGACUCUUGUUUUUGAUGUUGUAAUGGUUGUCAUGAGCUCAGGAGGCUGGAUGCCACUAAGGGGGGCGGUGCACCUCUCCAUACCCCUCCCGUCCCUCAAAGCCCUUACACACACACUCUGUGACCAGCCACCAGACAGACAGACAGGCAGACAAACAGGCAGCCUGCCUCCUCUCCACAACCAGCGGCAGCAUCCCAUGCCUUCGCCUGCUCCGGGGUACACAGCCGUCCCAUCUUUCCGAGCGUCCGUGGAGGAGGUCGUGGCGGCGGCGAGCGAGGCGUCCAGGUGAACAUGCUGGAAAACGGCAGGAAGGUGUUCAAGGAGGGUCUGCUGGAGAAGCGGAGCGACGGGCUGCUGCAGCUCUGGAAGAAGAAGCACUGCGUCCUGACCGAGGACGGCGUGCUGCUGCUGCCGCCCAAGCAGCACGACCACCCGCAGCACCACCAGCCGCACCACGGCGGCGGGGACGCGGGCAAAGUCAAGGAGCUGCACUUCGCCAACAUGAAGACGGUGGACUGCGUGGAGCGCAAGGGCAAGUACGUGUACUUCACGGUGGUCAUGACGGAGGGCAAGGAGAUCGACUUCAGGUGCCCGCAGGACGAGGGCUGGAACGCGGAGAUCACCUUGCAGAUGGUCCAGUACAAGAAUCGGCAGGCGAUCCUGGCGGUGAAGUCUACCCGGCAGAAGCAGCAGCUGCUCGUGGUGCAGAUACCGGGCCAGAUGUCCGGCCAGAAGACCGUCCGCAGCUCACCGAACGUUGCGUGACCUGCGGCGAGUCCCGCGGACACUGGCGCGCCAUUAGCGGUUCACUGGACACUCAGACGGAGGACAAACCCGGGCUCCACCUCCCCCCUUGCCGCUUCCCCACCGAGCUCCAUUCUCCAGGAGAACCCCUCUUCCAUGUAGUGGUUUCCACAGACCAGCACCCCGUCCCUUUUCAAUACAUGGACCUCUUUCACAAAAGACUCAUGGACAAAAAGCAUGUGAGGAAACACCUGUAUUCUACCGUGCUAAGGGGUUUAUACCUUAUUUAUUAGAUGUGUAUAUAUAUUUUCUAUAUAAAAAAAAAAUGUUAUGUUGUUGAUGAAUGUUAAGUGUGGCUGUUUCUGGAGUGGAACGCGAAGUAUUCGCUCUGAGGUUCGUAGCCUCCAGGUUACUCAUAAAGUCCACUGGGUAAAAACUUACAUAUCUUAGGAUGAUCGCCGUAGAUUAGUCAGAUCAGAUCAUUGUCAGUACAUUGUGUCAUCAUACAUGAUUUCAUUUUUCAACUGAACCAAAGACUCAUUUCAUUACAUUUAUCUCUCUCUCUCUCUCUCUCUUGUGCAGUGUUACACCUCAAAUACUAAAAACCCAUCGAUACUGUAUGAGAUACCUGCUUGGCAUAUACCAACUUUGUUUCAAGUGCUUGAUUUGUUAAAUAGCUACAGUAUACUAUAGUAUCUUUUCACUGUGCCAUCCUUCAUCAUUUUAUUAGGGUGCAUUUGUUCACACAAAUGUUAUCUCUGUUUCAAGUCUUAAAUGUGAGGAAGAUGCGCUUAUCGGCGUCGGUUUGUUUUCAGUGGUUACGGAGAGGAGCUUAGUUAUAGGUAACAUGCGCAGUGGAGUUUUUGUUAUGCUGACAGUUUUCAGAAGCUGAGCUGCUCUAAAGACAGGUUCACGGGUUGUGUUUCGCCGCCUCUGGCAGGGUAACACGAGUGAAAUCCAGAAAUAAAACCCAGAAGAGAUGUAUAUUCAAAUUUGUGGAAACGCAGGAAUGCUUUCUUUUUAUUCUUUCAAACAAGAGAAGCUGUCACAGGUUAUUAACGGAGCUGUACCGUUUGCUAUUCCCUAAAUAGACUAAAUGGCAUACUUACACGGCUUUCCAAUGUAACUCAAGAUUACAGCAUGGGAAGUGGUGUGCAGGACUUGCCUGGUAACAUAAACUGUUAGUCAAGAGAACACCACUGUGAACGCUAACCCUGCCAACAAGCCUGGCAAUUUAGCAACCUAACGAUUUGUUUCUUAACGUAACAUGGGUAUUGGAAAGCCGUAAUAAAUCCUUCAGAAAUGUCUCAGUCAGACCAGCUUUACUUGCCAUGUAUAUAUGUACACACAUACAAGAAAGGGAGCCUGCUUGGCAGCCAUGCAAGGCAACCCGGGAGCAGUUUUGGGGGGUUUAAUGUGCAUGGUGACCACAUGUUCCCAAAGCAGCUUCUCUAACCACUAGACCGCAGCUCCCUACUUUCAAGUCUGAAUACCACCAGAGGGGCUUUGCAUAUGGACUCUUCUUGAGAGUACUGUAAACACAACCCCCUUUGAAAGAACCAUAAUUUUUGCUUUAAAUUUCACUGUCCCAUCUGCAGUGAAGCUAACCAGCAUGCUAAGUGGCAUUUAGCAAACUACCAGUUAGCUGCUGCUGAGAUUUAUUGUGGCUGACAAAUACUACCAUAUAUCUGGCUAGCUAGCAGACAUUUAUGAAAUAUAACAGUUUGUUUCCCUUUUUUUGCUAAAACAAGGUUAUUUUUUAAGCUUUAGAUGACUUAAGCUAGGAUAGGAUAGCUAUGAAAUUUAAUGUAGCUAGUUAUAUAGUUAUAGUUAUCCAUUUAAAUGUAGCUAGCUAGCCAGGAUUGUUAAGCAAUUUAAGCUAGCUAACUAGGAUACAUUUCUUCUUCUUCAAACCUUAUCGGAACAAAUAUAUACGCUCAACCAUUAGUCAUAAGGAAAAAUAAAGAUUUUAGAUUUAACGAAGUGGAAGGACAAUCGGGUCAAAUAAUCAACAGCAAAAAGAAACAAUUAUAAAUUAAAUUGAAGGACUCUAGGAUUAAUUUUGGUAGCUAGCUUCCCAAGGUAACAUAAAGCAGACUCCUUGGCUCCACCUGCCAGCGUUACCACAACCAAUCACAUUACUCCGGUCUCUGUAGCAGCUCUGCCUCUGAGAAAUGCCUCCAAAACAGUAUCACUGAUUUGUAUAGCAUAUUGUCAGUCUAAAUAUUACUUCCAAACGUGGAACACGUCAGGUAAUGGACUGAAAAUUCUUCGGUAUUUUCAUGGUGCAGGGACGGUUCGCAGUUAGGAAACAUUUGAGCUCAUCGUGGCUCACGUUGUUUCCUCUUCCUGUUUCCCCCUGCUCUCCUCUCUUGCCUGUGUAUCGCCAACACAUGCCUCCGUGUUGCUGUCAUCUCCCACACAGGGUCAUAGUCGUGCCCUUUAUCUAAUGCGACUGGUGUGAUGCUUCUCUGACAUGCCUUCCUGUUGCCAUCACUGCAUACACAGUUAUAGCUGUGCCCUUUGUAGCCACUGUCCAAUUUCUUAUUUCAACGUGAGAUCUAUUUUCAUACCUCGAAAAGAUACAUUCCAUUAAAAAAACAAAAACAACAAAA